UUGAGAAGAGAUGUUAAGGAAAAGUAAAAGCUGAAUCAUUGGGAGCAAGAAGGGAAGAACAGUGAGCACUAUAGUAGAAGCGUUGUUGUGUAGUGAAAACGGUGCGUUUAAACUUUAUAGGAAUAGGAGUAGGUAAUGCGGGUGCCAGCUGUUACCAUAUCACUCUUCUUCUCUCUCGCACUCGCUUGUUUCAUCCUCUUCUUCUUCCUCUUCUUCUUCUUCAUUGCUCCUUCUCUUCGAUUAGGGUUUCUUUUUUCGACCCGAUCCAUAUUUCACUUCACGCUGUUACACGGCUAAACUGUUCUCGUACUUUAAUCACAGAUCUUAAGCUUGGAGGUAUUACGACUUUGCUACUUUGCUAUGUGGUACCACUUGGCUUAUCACCGGCACCCACUUGGUUCUCCUGUGUAAAACUCAAUGGUACCAGAGGGCUAGUGAGUUAUGGGCUGCUCUCAGGAUGCUAAUUAUUUUAGGGGUUCUUUGUACUGUCAGCUAAUUAUAUUUUUCAUCUGGCUUCUUACUUUCCAAGAUGUGACAGCACAAGAAUUACAUGCUGAUGUUAGAAAAGUUUCUUCUCUGGUAGAGUUAGCUAAGGAACCUGCUUCUGGGGAAUCUGGACUCUUUGAUCCCAUAGAAAUAUCUCCUGCUGUCUUACCAAAAUUCCCAUAUCCCACUGAAUCUUUGCCACCAAUGUACCCUACAUUCCCAGCCAGAUAUGAACCAGUUUUAACUGGAAAAUGCCCUGUAAACUUUUCUCAUCCAGAUAUAUCAAACAUCCUUGAUAAAACAGCAUCUGAUUGCACUGGGCCUUUGGCAGCGCUUGUGGGGAAUGUAAUAUGUUGUCCCCAGUUUAGUAGCUUAAUCCACAUCUUCCAGGGUUUCUUCAGCAUGAAAUCUGAUAAAUUGGUUUUGCCUAAUGCAGUUGCUGAUCAUUGUUACUCUGAUAUAAUUAGUAUUCUUGCCAGUAGAGGGGCAAAUAGUACGAUCCCCACACUUUGCUCCAUAAAAUCAUCUAAUUUUACAGGUGGGUCAUGUCCUGUGAAGGAUGAUUCUACUUUUGAAAAAACAGUUAACACAAGUAAGUUACUUGAGGCUUGCAGCACCGUUGAUCCACUUAAAGAGUGUUGCAGACCUGUUUGCCAGCCUGCAAUAAUGGAUGCAGCACUACAGAUUUCUGGAAGACAAAUGAUGAUUAACAAUAAUGAAAAUAUGGCCGGAGAAGUGAAUCACACUGAUUAUCUUAAUGAUUGUAAAGGUGUGGUUUAUUCAUAUAUUUCAAAAAAGCUAUCAUCUGAGGCUGCAAAUACUGCAUUUCGAAUACUGUCUGCCUGUAAAGUCAACAAAGUUUGUCCUUUGACUUUUAACGAGCCUACAGAAGUAAUUAAUGCAUGUCAGAAUGUAGCUGCCCCUAGCCCUUCCUGUUGUAGUUCAUUAAACACAUAUAUUGCUGGGAUACAAAAGCAAAUGUUGAUUACAAAUAAACAAGCUAUAAUAUGUGCAACACUUUUUGGAUCUAUGUUGCGUGGAGGUGGGGUGAUGACAAAUAUUUAUCAGCUUUGUGAUGUCGAUUUGAAAGAUUUCAGCAUACAAGCUUAUGGACAACAAGGAUGUUUACUCAGAAGCUUGCCUGGAGAUGUGAUAUUUGACAAUUCCUCGGGCUUUAGCUUCACCUGUGAUUUGAGCGACAACAUUCCUGCGCCUUGGCCUACAUCUGCAUCCCCAAUUACGUCGAUGUCACUCUGUGGGCCUGAGAUGUCAUUGCCUGCUCUCCCAACUUCACAGACAUUUAAAAAUAAUAGUUGUAAUUGUGGUGGAGUGGGAUUGCUUGUGCUUAUUUUUUCAUUUUUCAUCUUCGGUACACUGUUUUAUUGAAGAGAUUUUAGGGUUUAGAUGUGUGUCGGAAAGGCAUUUUCAAAGUGUCUUUGGUGUGGCUUUUGCUUGUAUAUUUUUGAAUGGCCUCAUUGUAUAGAAAUCCCCCCUUUUCCUCCUAUUUCACGUGUCUUCUGCUUGUAUGUUCUGAGCUGAUCAUUCCGGAGUUAGUGCUCAUUUGAUUUAGGAUCCAUAAUUGUGCUGUGAAGGGUUUGAUUAUUUUGUGUUGAAAUGCAGACAAGCAGAUGCUAGAUAGAUUAGCCGCUAAAGUUUUCCGUGGCACCAUCAGGGAUUUUGAUUAAAACUCAUUGGGAAAGGGGGAAAUGAAACAUGGUGAUUGGUGACUCAUUCGGAACUUACACACUUGAGUUUGACUAUCAAAAAGAGUACCAAUUAUUAUUAUACUCGAGUGGAGUCAUUAGACGUGAGUAAAGUUUAACUAGAGACUGAUUCAUUAGGUUAAGAGUAUUAAGCCUUGGUCUCAAUAUAGGAAUUUGUGUACUUUGGAGGGUCAAAAUCUUUACAGAAAAGUGCCUAAAUGAAUUGGAUGCCGUGGCGUAUAAGAUAAAUUCAUAUUAUGAGUUAAAUGCAAAAAUCACAAUAU